CCGCGCCGAGUGUCCAGCCGCCCCGGCCCGGGGCCGCCCCGGCCGCGGUCAGCGAGGGGCGCGGGCCAGCCCGCGGCGACGGCGGCAUGAAAGUGACCGUGUGCUUCGGGAGGACCCGGGUGGUCGUGCCGUGCGGAGACGGCCACAUGAAAGUUUUCAGCCUCAUCCAGCAAGCGGUGACCCGCUACCGGAAGGCCAUAGCCAAGGAUCCAAACUACUGGAUACAGGUGCAUCGCUUGGAACACGGUGAUGGAGGAAUCCUGGACCUAGAUGACAUUCUCUGUGAUGUAGCGGAUGACAAAGACAGACUGGUAGCAGUGUUUGACGAGCAAGAUCCGCAUCAUGGAGGUGAUGGCACCAGUGCCAGCUCCACAGGUACCCAGAGCCCAGAGAUAUUUGGUAGUGAGCUUGGCACCAACAAUGUUUCCGCCUUUCAGCCUUAUCAAGCAACGAGUGAAAUUGAGGUCACACCUUCAGUCCUUCGUGCAAAUAUGCCUCUUCAUGUCCGACGAAGCAGUGACCCAGCUUUAAUUGGACUCUCCACUUCUGUCAGCGAUAAUAAUUUUUCCUCUGAAGAGCCUUCGAGGAAAAACCCCACGCGCUGGUCCACAACAGCCGGCUUCCUCAAGCAGAACCCUGCUGGGAGCCCGAAACCCUGCGACAGGAAGAAAGAUGAAAACUACAGAAGCCUCCCACGGGAUACUAGUAACUGGUCUAACCAAUUUCAGAGAGACAAUGCUCGCUCGUCUCUGAGUGCCAGUCACCCAAUGGUGGACAAGUGGCUGGAGAAACAAGAACAGGACGAGGACGGAACAGAAGAAGAUAACAGCCGUGUUGAACCAGUCGGACAUGCUGACACUGGUUUGGAGAACAUACCCAACUUUUCUCUGGAUGAUAUGGUAAAGCUCGUACAAGUCCCCAACGAUGGCGGGCCUCUGGGAAUCCAUGUAGUGCCUUUCAGUGCUCGAGGCGGCAGAACCCUGGGGUUAUUAGUAAAACGAUUGGAGAAAGGUGGUAAAGCUGAACAAGAAAACCUUUUUCACGAGAAUGAUUGCAUUGUCAGGAUUAAUGAUGGCGACCUUCGAAACAGAAGAUUCGAACAAGCACAACAUAUGUUUCGCCAAGCCAUGCGUACACCCGUCAUUUGGUUCCAUGUGGUUCCCGCGGCAAAGAAAGAGCAGUAUGAACAACUCUCUCAGAGUGAGAAGAACAAUUACUAUUCAGGUUGCUUCAGCCCUGACAGCCAGUAUAUUGACAACAGGAGCGUGAACAGCGCAGGGCUUCACGGGGUGCAGAGAGCACCCAGACUGAACCACCCGCCCGAGCAGCUAGACUCUCACCCACGACUACCUCACAGCGCGCACCCCUCCGGAAAGCCGCCGUCAGCGCCAGCCCUAGCACCCCACAAUGUAUUUAGCACGAAUGUAAGCAGCGGUUAUAACACCAAAAAAGUAGGCAAGAGGCUUAAUAUCCAGCUUAAGAAAGGUACGACCUAUCUUGUAAAUGGAGUAGAUUUAGCAGGCAAAUCCCAAGAGGAAGUUGUUUCACUGUUGAGAAGCACCAAGAUGGAAGGAACCGUGAGCCUUCUCGUCUUUCGCCAGGAAGAUGCCUUCCACCCAAGGGAACUGAAAGCAGAAGACGAGGACAUUGUUCUCACACCCGACGGCACCAGGGAAUUUCUGACGUUUGAAGUUCCGCUUAAUGAUUCUGGAUCUGCCGGUCUUGGUGUCAGCGUCAAAGGUAACCGUUCCAAAGAGAACCACGCGGAUCUGGGAAUCUUCGUCAAGUCCAUUAUCAACGGAGGAGCAGCGUCUAAGGAUGGAAGGCUUCGCGUGAACGAUCAGCUGAUAGCAGUAAAUGGAGAAUCCCUGUUGGGCAAGACUAACCAGGACGCCAUGGAAACCCUGAGACGGUCCAUGUCCACCGAGGGCAACAAACGAGGAAUGAUCCAGCUCAUCGUUGCGAGGAGAAUAAGCAAGUGCCAUGAGCUAAAGUCACCUGGGAGCCCCCCUGGACCUGAGCUGCCUAUCGAAACAGUGUUGGAUGACAGAGAACGGAGAAUUUCCCAUUCCCUCUACAGUGGGAUUGAAGGGCUUGAUGAGUCGCCCACGAGAAACGCUGCCCUCAGUAGGAUAAUGGGUCAAUACCAGCUGUCCCCCACAGUGAACAUGCCCCAGGACGAUACUGUCAUCAUAGAAGAUGACAGGUUGCCGGUGCUUCCUCCACACCUCUCUGACCAGUCUUCUUCCAGCUCCCACGACGACGUGGGAUUUGUGACAACAGACGCUGGCACAUGGGCCAAGGCUGCAAUCACUGAUUCAGCCGACUGCUCUUUGAGUCCAGACGUUGAUCCAGUUCUUGCUUUUCAACGAGAAGGAUUUGGACGCCAGAUAGCUGACGAGACUAAACUCAAUACAGUGGAUGACCAGAAAGCAGGUUCCCCCAGUAGAGAUGUGGGACCUUCCCUGGGUCUGAAGAAGUCAAGUUCAUUAGAGAGUCUGCAGACAGCCGUUGCCGAGGUGACUCUGAAUGGGGAUAUUCCUUUCCACCGCCCACGGCCACGGAUCAUCAGAGGGAGGGGAUGCAACGAGAGCUUCAGAGCUGCCAUUGACAAGUCUUAUGACAAACCUGCAGUAGAUGACGACGACGAAGGCAUGGAGACCUUGGAAGAAGACACAGAAGAAAGUUCAAGAUCAGGGAGAGAGUCAGUAUCCACGGCCAGUGAUCAGCCCUCCCACUCUCUGGAGAGACACAUGAACGGAAACCAAGAGAAAGGCGACAGGACCGAUCGGAAAAAGGAUAAAACUGGAAAAGAGAGGAAGAAAGAGAGAGAUAAGGAGAAAGAUAAAAUGAAAGCCAAGAAGGGGAUGCUCAAGGGCUUGGGCGACAUGUUCAGGUUUGGCAAACAUCGAAAAGAUGACAAGAUUGAGAAAACGGGUAAAAUAAAAAUACAGGAAGCCCUGACAUCAGAAGAGGAGAGGAUACGAAUGAAGCAGGAACAGGAGAGGAUUCAAGCCAAAACUCGUGAAUUUAGGGAACGGCAAGCUCGAGAGCGUGACUAUGCUGAAAUCCAGGAUUUUCAUCGGACGUUCGGCUGUGACGAUGAGUUGAUGUACGGGGGGAUUGCUUCCUACGAAGGCUCCAUGGCUCUCAACGCCAGACCCCAGAGCCCAAGAGAAGGGCACAUGAUGGAUGCUUUGUACGCCCAAGUCAAGAAGCCGCGGAGUUCCAAACCCUCUCCUGUAGACAGUAACAGAUCAACUCCUAGCAACCAUGAUCGGAUACAGCGUCUGCGGCAAGAAUUCCAGCAAGCAAAGCAGGAUGAAGACGUAGAAGAUCGGCGACGUACCUACAGCUUUGAACAACCCUGGCCCAACUCCAGGCCAGCGGCGCAGAGCGGCCGGCACUCGGUGUCCGUGGAGGUGCAGCUGCAGCGGCAGCGACAGGAGGAACGCGAGAGCUUCCAGCAGGCUCAGCGCCAGUACAGCUCCCUGCCACGACAAAGCAGGAAAAACGCCAGCUCGGUGUCCCAGGAUUCUUGGGAGCAGAGCUACUCCCCUGGGGAAGGCUUCCAGAGCGCGAAGGAGAACCCCAGGUAUUCCAGCUACCAGGGCUCCAGAAACGGCUACCUGGGAGGACACGGCUUCAACGCCAGGGUCAUGCUGGAGACCCAGGAGCUCCUUCGCCAGGAACAGAGGCGGAAAGAGCAACAGAUGAAGAAGCAGCCUGCCCCUGAGGGGCCCAACAACUAUGACUCAUAUAAGAAAGUCCAGGACCCCAAUUACGCCCCUCCCAAGGGGCCCUUCCGGCAAGACGUGCCCCCCUCCCCUUCUCAGGUCGCCAGGCUGAACAGACUCCAGACUCCCGAGAAAGGGAGGCCCUUCUAUUCCUGAGCACGAGAACAGUGGAUGCUUCAUGUCAUGCAAUAAGAGACAUUUUCCUA